AUGGCCGCAGCUCUCCUGAAGAAGCUUGAAGUUGACCAUGAAGGAGGCACCCUCCCGAACCGAUGGGUCAACAACGACAUCAAGCCCAUUGAGGCCGAAAGGCGAACAUGGACGACCUGGACCUUUACGAACUACUGGAUCUUGGUCAACUCCAACAUUUCCACGUAUAUGACGGGAAGCUCUCUUGUUGCUCUCGGUUUGUCAUGGUGGCAAGCCAUCAUUGCAAUCGUUGUCGGCAACGGUUUAGCUACAGCCUUUGUCGUUUUGAAUUCCCUCCCGGGCGCAUAUUAUCAUAUCGGCUUUCCCGUGGUGAACCGCUAUGUCUGGGGGUUUCUGGUAAGAAGUCUGCCCGUUUUGAUUCAAUCGUUCGGAUUCCAAGCCUAUGUUGGGGGCCAGUGCGUGUAUGUCUGCCUCACUGCGAUUUGGCCUUCUCUUGAAGACCGUAUCCCCAACACCAUGGCGGCGUCCACCGGCAUCACCACUGCGCAGUUUGCAUCAUAUAUUAUCUUCAUGGUGCUCUCGCUUCCGGUCGUUUACAUUCGACCACACAAGCUACGGCUCUUUUUCCACCUCUCGUCUUCCGUUAUCCUCGUCUUCGAGUUUGUCCUCCUGAUCUGGGCUCUAGCCACCAUGGGACCCGACGGAUUCGGAAGCACAAUUACGAGCGGCCCAAAUGUUGAAGGGGGUCAAAUGGGCUGGACCGUUGCUUUUGGGAUUAUUAGCACAAUCGGUGGCAUUGCUGCGGGUAUCCUUAAUCAAAAUGACUAUGCUAGGUUUGCUUGCCGCCCUAGACAUGCCAUUAUCGGCCAAACAUUCAGUUUUCCAAUUUGCGCGAUCGUAUGCUCCGUCAUCGGUAUUUUGGUUACUGCUGCCACGCAGAAUCGUUACGGCGAACCUUUGUGGAAUCUUCCGGACUUGUUCCUCGCUAUCAUCGAGCACGGAGGUCCCCGUUCCCGGGCGGCCGCAUUCUUUUCUGGUCUAGCGCUUAUUAUAUCUCAAAUGGGUGUGAACGUGCCCGGCAACGCGCUCUCAGGAGUGUUCCUAGGGCCGAUGACUGGCUUGAUGAUCUCUUCGUGGUUCGUUGUCAAUAAGCGCAAAAUCAAAAUUGAAGACCUCUUUGUUGGGAAUAGCAGCAGCAUUUAUUGGUGCACACUGGGGGUCGAUUGGCGUGCUGUGAUCGCUUGGGUUUGCGGCACCGUGCCGUCUCUUCCGGGAUUUAUUGCUGGAGUCAAUGAGAACAUCACGGUGCCAGAAGGCCUCGUCCAUCUGUACCAGAUUUGCUUCCUGGCUGGAUUUGCAAUUAGUGCUUCGGUCUACUGUGGCUUGCACUUCCUCUUCCCGGUGCGAGCAAUUCAGGACUAUGUUGCCAACGCAGCGCCUGCAGACGUCCUCAUCCGCGAAUACCGUGAAGCGUGCGAUAGUGGAUCCCAGUUCAAGGACGACAUUGUCCAUGUGGAAGCUCUGAAGGUUGCGUGA